AUGCCUUCAGCAAGGAUCGGAGUGGUUAUCAUGUAUCUGCUCAUUCCUCUGUUACCCAUUUUACUCUUUGCCUCCUGUGAAACUGAUAUUGUCAGAUCUGAUGGCCAAGAGAUUCGCAGCGUUAUCAUGGAUCUUCUCAUUGUUCUGUUACCAAUUGUUUUCCUUGUCUCCUGUGAUGGCAGCAUUAUCAGAUAUGAUGGUCAAGAGAUAUUCACCCUAGUGAUAGUUGGAAUAAAGAAAGUAGAAUGUCUAUUUGAUUCACAGGCUGAUGCUAAAGAGAAAGAUUGGUGGAAGAAGGCAGGCUCCAUAUACGAGUUUACUGUCAAAGACAUAGAUGGGAAUGACGUUUCCCUUGAAAAAUAUAAGGACCAUGUGGUUCUUAUAGUUAAUGUAGCCUCUCAGUGAGGUUUCACCGCGAAGAACUACACUCAGCUGCAAAGUCUGCAUGCCAAAUAUGCUGAGUCAAAGGGUCUUCGCAUCCUGGGGUUCCCCUGCAACCAGUUUGGUGGGCAGGAACCAGGUACUGAAGCAGAGAUCAAGAAGUUUGUUGAAAAAUUUGACGUUCAGUUUGACAUGUUUUCCAAGAUCAAAGUAAAUGGGGGUGAUGCAGAUCCACUCUGGAAGUAUCUCAAGCACAAGCAAGGAGGAACUCUGAUUGAUGCAAUCAAGUGGAAUUUUACCAAAUUUCUAGUGGAUAAGAAAGGCCAGCCAGUGAAAAGAUAUGCUCCUAACACAGAACCUUUUACAGUGGAGAAAGAUUUUGAUGAAUACUUUUAGAAAAAGAUUCCAAAGAAGCCAUCCAUGACUUCCAGAGACUGAGUACCAAAAAUAUCAUCCCAUAAUCAGUUUUUUUUCAAUAAAUGAAAAGAAACAUUCAUAUU